AAUACUGAAGUUUUAUUCCCUGUUGUGACUUGUGACAACUUACUGUAAACCCUAAAGUAUUUUUGUAAUGCUGUUUGUCACCAAGAAACCUUCCAACUUGCUUCCGCCAGGGCCAGCGCCUGCUACUCACCUGCAAUGUGGGCUCCCGGACCUGGGCUGUGUCACGCAGCUGCCUGCUCAUUCUCUGUGGCUCUGCCAGGGCCUUUGGUCGGUGCCUGUGGUAUUUGGGUCAUCUCAGCUGGGGAGGGGGUGCUCCUGGUACCAGGACAUCCUGCGGUAACCCCAGGGAGGGAUCCAGCCCGAUGGCAGCAGGCCAAGGUCGAGAAACCCACAGUGAACUGACUGGUCACUUUAAAAUGGAUUUGAAUUGUUUUACUUCUGCGUCUUUGUUUUACCCUGUGAGAUCAUCAGGAAUCAUUUUUAAAGUGUUACUGAGGCCCGACUAGACAUUUGUUGAGCUAUUGCUUGAAAGUACUGCUUCAGCAAAAAAGGAGAAAUGACAGAGAUUAAUCACAGCCAUGGUGUCAGGUAUUUGAAGUGUGGUGUACCCACGGCUUUGCUGGCGUGGACAAGCUGGAUUCCAGUAGCACCCUGUUUAAUGCCUCUGUGCUUCAUUGCUUAGCAAAAACUGCUCAGACUCUGUUGUGCUCUUUAAAUGUGGAAAUUCUGCAAGGUUUUGGACUGCGUUUUAGAGAAAAGCUAAAAGGGGAGUGGAACCUGCCACAGGCCCCUGUCGCUCCCUGGAGUUGCUAAGACAGACCGCGUGGGAAACCUCAACCGAGCCCUUCCCUGCCUUCCUGCUCAUUGGAGACUCCGCUCCUUGACAAACGCUGUCAAUGGUCUCGCUCAGUAUUAAAUCUACUGCUGACAGCGUCCUCAGAAAAUGGACCCAGAAUGUGUAAGUAGAAAGGGAGGAGCAGCGUGCAGGGACCCUGAGCUGUCCCCAGAGCUGUCCCCGGAGGAGAAGAGGGUCCUAGAGAGAAAGCUGAAGAAGGAGCGGAAGAAAGAGGAAAGGAAGCGUCUGCGGGAAGCGGGCAUUACCACGGCCCAGAGCCUGCCAGCCAAGUGCUCAGGCGCCCAGCUGGCCCUGGACUACCUGUGUGGCUGGGCCCAAAAGCAUGAGAAGUGGAGAUUUCAGAAGACGAGGCAGACCUGGCUCCUGACACACAUGUAUGAUGGUGACAAAGUCCCUGAGGAGCAGUUCCCCACCCUCCUGGCCUACCUGGAGGGGCUGAAGGGCCAGGCCCGUGAGCUGACUGUGCAGAAGGCAGAAGCCCUGAUGCAGAAGCUGGACGAGGCGGGCGCCAGUGGCCCGGACCCCCUUCUACUGGGCAAGACCCAGCGUGUCCGGCAGGUACUGCAGCUGCUGUCCUAGGGCGGCCAGCCGGCCAGCGAGGGUGACCCUGCAGCUGACCGCUCCUCCCGGUGGAGGGAACAUCUGCUUCUCUGCCAGGGAGCUGCCCUUCCUGCCAGCUGUGGUCCGUCCGUGUUGGGCUAUGGGAAGCACCCCGGCUGUAGGCCCCGCACAUUAGUUUGGGGGUCCCUCCUGUGCAGGCCACACGUUUCCUGGUCACCAGGCUGCCCUCGCCGAGGCUCCCCGGCUGUGGCUUGUCUGUGUCUGGCCUCCCUCCUCAGCCCAUGCCACGGCCUCCUGCCUAGUUACUGGGGAAACCUGCUGUUUCAAUAAAAGUAGCCCAUCUGGCCAUGCCUCCGGGUUCGUCCUCACUGUCUGCCGGCCUGUGAAGGGCUUUGCCCACAGGGAACAUACUGAGCUGCGAGGCUGUCUGUAGUCCUGGCCUCCACGGGGCACCAUCCAGGCGAUCUGCUGGCACUGACCCCUCACUCUGCAGGCCUGCCACUGCCAGGUGGCGGCAGUGACCACGACGGCUGCCCUCCCACAGCUGUCCCAGCGGGAAGUACACCUGCUCUCUGCAUAGAGAUGGGACCUGUCGCUCUGCUUCCAGAAGCGCGCGUGCAUUGAACCCCCUGGAAUCGCAGGGUCCAAGCUCCAGAGGCUGCGUCGCAGGCAGUGGCCCGCAGCUCCACACAGCAGGCCCUUCAGGCGUGGGAACUGGGUCGUGGAUGUGGUAGCCACUGGGUGUGGACGCCCUGCCCUUGAACACGGUCAGCUGUCAGCAGGGUGGAGGCGGGAGUACGCCGAGUGACUUCCAAGGCCAGGGCAGAGCAGGCAGCUGCCACUUGCGCUCAGGACACUUGCCCUUGAGACACAGCUGCCACGCUGCGAGGAAGCCCUGGCUGAGUGACGAGUCCGUGUGCGACGUGGGUGCUUGAGCAACGACGAGUCUUUAGUUGCCCCAGUGGCACUGGGUGAAGCAGAGGUGAGCUGUCCCCACCAAGUCUCGCUCACAUUGCGGAUUUGUGAACCGUGGGGCUGGGGUGCAGUCAGUGCCAGGACCCCGACACUGCGUGAGCUGGACAGUCGGGUCCUUAGUGAACGAGGGCUAGGCCUGUGCGUGGAGCCUCCGUCCCAGAGUCAGCUCCGGGCCGUCCUGUGGCCGUUCCUCGCCUGGCUGGGCCUCCUGCCCGGCCGUGGACCCUGGACAUCCUGCCUCAGCGCAGUGUCCCAGCCAUGGCUGGUGCCCUGCAGGCAUCUGUGCUUCAGCCUGUGACUGUGAAACACCGUGUUGAGGGGUGCUUCUGAAUGGUGAGGGUGGGGCCCUGAGGAGGGGGUGACCCCAGCCCUGGAGGGACACACACACAUCCACAGAGCCUGGGAAGGUCCCUCACUGAGAACUCGCCGCCAUCCCCUCUUCUCUCCUGGAACCUGGAGCCACCCCAGCUCCCAGCCAGCACGGGAGACCCAUCAGCACCCCCCACUGUGGAAAGCUGUAGUGCUGUGCUGCAGCCUGGGGGGGCCCGUCCCCCGCCUGCGUGUACAGCUGUAGUCCUGAUCCCACGCACACACGUGCUAACACACAUGCAUACAUGCCAUGCAUAGAGCCAGAGAGGCUUUAGAACUUAGACGACCAUUGAACCAGGACCCUGCCAGGACCUGCUCUCCCGCCCCACAUUUGCCCCUAUAGGGUGGCUGGCAGUGGCUCUGCUGGCUUCUUGAUGGCAGAAGGGGUCUCCCCAGGGAAUGCCAGCCAGCCUGGGAGCUGGGGCCCUAGUCUGUGUGUGUCCUGGAGAGUUUGCCUACAGUUUGGGGUUUGGUUUGGGUUUCCGUGGACUUAAGAGGCACCUGCAGUGUGGUUGGGGGCCAGCACUGGAGCCAACAGUGGAUCUGGGGCAAGAGCCACCCUCCAGCCCCCGAGGUCCUCCCUUCGAGACGAGAGGCAGGGGUGCUAAGCACGGGUGUUCAGAGAGCCCCUCUACUCCCAUCCCAGUCCUGCGUCCAGCCGUCUGUCCCUCGUGACCCACAGGGGAACCUUUGCCACUGAGCCUCACCUGGCCGGGCCCAGGCUGCAUACACUUCUGGGGUUCGGCUCGGUGGGCGAGCACCGUCUGUUGGCCACGUGGGAUGUCCCACAUGCUGUCUCCAUGGUGAUGAGUGAAACGAAGCUUGAUAGCUGCUCACUAUUUUUAUUAAAUUGUGUUUUCCAUACUUGAGGAUGGUACAUUGAUACUGCAUAGCUUUUGGGGGGGGGGUCCUAGCUGUAUCCCCUGUGGAAGUCCUGACACCCAUUGACGUGUUUCUUUUGUGGGUGCAGGGGGGUGAGAGGUCAUACAGUUGGGUCCAGGGGUGGGGGUGACGGGUUCAUGGGUCAGACGUGGAGAUGGGGGUGCUGCACCAGUGGCUGUGGGGCACCUGGAGGGGUCUGGCCUGGGUGCAGUCAGAGGCAGCGCUGAUACUCAAGGGGCCCGGGGCGGUAGGGAAAAGGUCAAGGGGGUAGGGGACCCAGCUCUGCACUAGGGGCCCUGCCUGCCCUGGGGGGAGACUGGAGGGAAGGGGUCUGGAAGACGGUGUGCCCCCAGGGGCGCGUGUGAGGGCUCCUUUCCAACCCCCCUGGAUGGGGCUGCUCAGGCCCAC